UCAGAGGAGCAAGCUCUAGGUUGCCACUUUUUGAACGAUGUCUGUGGGUCUCGUAUUUUGGCUUCUUGUGUUACUAGUUUUCUCUCCAAUGGUUGUCCCACAGGAGACAGCACUGUGGCAGGGAGACGGAACGACAGCAGACCUACAGGAAGUGAUCAUCGGGAGGUGCUACAAUUACAUCCGGGUGGUGAACCCCACCAUUGGAGAGAAGAACUGCACUGCAAUAUGGAGGGCCUUCAGAGAUGCUUUUAUCUACAGAGACCCCUGCAGUGUCACCCCGGCUGACUACCAAACCUUUAUCUCCCUCUCCUACCACAGUAUCCCCCCGAAUAAGGCCCUGUUUUGGGAGAAGACCAAGCGGCUGGUGCACAGGUACUCUGACCUCACACGCAGGAUGAUGCCACUUGGAGAAACUCUGAUUGGUUGGCUGGGCGAUGACCUCGCUUGGUGUGGGAGGGCCUCUGGCGACGGUUUGGACUCUGUGUCCUGUCCCACCACAGCUGAGUGCGAACACAACCCUGUGGAGUCCUUCUGGAGGAUCGCCUCGACCACAUACGCCAACCUGUCCUCAGGUGUGAUCCAGGUGAUGCUGAACGGCUCCGUCACUGAUGGAGCAUUCCCAGAGAACAGCUUUUUUGCCAAUUUCGAACUCCCAUAUUUAAGAAAAGAUGAAGUUUCCAAAGUACAGAUCUGGGUAAUGGAUGACAUCGAAGGCCCUGAUGUCGAGUCCUGUGGGAAUAAAAGUGUGCACAACCUGCAGCAGAUCCUGGAACAGCAGGGGUUCCAGUACACCUGCACUGAUAAUUACAGGCCGGUGAGAAUACUCCAGUGUGUGGACAGCUCCAGUCACCCUGCCUGCCUCUGCUCCAGCGCUGCCCCUGCUCUCCCCCUCCUCAGUCUGCAGCACCUGCCUGCUCUGCUGCUGCCCAUGUUUCACUGA